AUGCACCAGGCCGAGUCGGCCGGCUCGGCGCGGCCGUCGUCGCCUACAUCUCCAGCGACGCUGCCGGACCCACAAGCGCCGGCGCCUCAUUUAGAAGAUGAAGAAGGGUUUACGGCACAGGAUCUCAUUGACCAGCAGGCCCGACUCGAAUCACAGGCCCAUGAGGCCAUCCCGUUUCGAUUCGAUUCGUGUACACACUCGCUCGGCUACAUCCGACAGCCUGUGUACGCCUGCCGGACGUGUGGUGGCGGUGGAGUGUGUGCGAGCUGCAGUGUAGCAUGUCAUUCCGACCACGAGCUUGUAGAGCUCUUCCAUCGGCGCCACUUUCGCUGCGAUUGUGGUACGCCUACUCUAUUCCGCGAGCGUGACGAGACGCCAAUGAUGCAGCAGACGGGCUUUCCUGAGGAUGCACGCCCGUGCUCUUUGCGCAGAAACACAAAAAAUCGUGGUUGGGACGAGCCGAACGACGAAAAUACCUACACACACAACUUUCGUGGUGCCUUCUGCUACUGCGAGCGUGGCAAACAUUACGAUCCAGCGACCGAGGACGAGGUUAUGUACCAGUGUCUCGUGUGUGAAGACUGGCUGCACCAGUCGUGCACGGCUCUUGCGCCAGGACCAAAGACAUCAGCGCCGCUACUUGCCGCUCAUACCUUCGAUACCCUGAUCUGUGACCGAUGCAUGAGACAGGAGGGAGCUGGUCUCCUGCGUGACUAUGCGUGCGCGCCUGGGUGGAUUGUCCUUGACGAGCAUGGUGUGAUGGACACAUCACCUCAGACACGCCCAUCCAAGCGCCUGCGUGUCGAGACGUCUGCAUGUCGGCGACCUUCCUGCCCACUUCUCGCGUGGCCGGCGCGCUUCGAUGUGUUUCUGUCGCCGUCGUUUCGCGCCGCGAUCUGCCGAUGCGAGGAUUGUGCUGCCCAAUGGAACGCUUUGUAUCCCUAUGUGUUUGCGGAGGAAGAGACGUACGAUCCGCCUGCGGAAGAUGACGACACUGCCUCGGCUACGUCCACAUCUUCGUAUGAACGAGGCCUUUCUGUGCUCUCGCAGCUUCCACGCAUGCAAAUGCUCGAGUCUCUGCGGGCGUACGAACGCCUGCGAGACGCACUGCGCACGAGCCUGUGA